AUGUCUUGGAAUGUUAGAGGAUUGGGAAAGUUAGAGAAGAUGGGAAGGAUUAGGAAACUAAUUUAUGAAAGAAAGGUUGAUAUUGUGCUUCUUCAAGAGACAAAGAAGGUUUCUAUUUCUGAGAAUGAGGUAAGAGCUUUGUGGGGAAAGAGAAACAUGGAUUUUAUGGUGGUGGGUUCUGAUGGAUCUGCUGAGGCUCUUCUUUGCAUAUGGAACCCAGAUGUUUUUAGGAUGGUGGAUUGUUGUUGUAAUAAAAGAUUUAUUCUCAUAUCAAGUAAAUUGUUGAAUACCUUUGAUUGUUCUAUUUUGAAUGUGUACGCACCAAAUAAGGUGAGUAGUAGAUGUCAAUUUUGGGACACCUUACUCAAACUAAAAUCUGAGUUCCCAAAGCCAUGGUGUUUGGGGGAAUACUUAAAUGAGAUUAGAAAUAUUGGUGAGAGGGUGGGUUGUUCCAGAAGAGAUAAGGGGAUGAUAGAUUUAAACCCUUUCCUUAAGAGUUGUGAGUUGAAUGAUCUACUUCUGUUAGGCAAGAAGUUCACAUGGUGUAAUGCCCAAGAUGGAGAAAAAUGGAGUAGAAUUGAUAGAUUUUUUCUUAAUCUGGAAUGGCUACUGAAGUUUAAUUUCAAAGAGUGGGGUGUUCCUAGGUUUUUUUCUGAUCAUUGUCCUAUAUUGCUUAUGGAUGAUGAGAGGGACUGGGAGCCUAAGCCUUUUAGGUUUAUUAAUGCUUGGUCUAGUCAUCCAAGCUUUCCCUCAUCUGUGGUAAAGCUUUGUCUUGAAUCUAGGAUUAUUGGGAAAGCAGGGUAUGUGUUGUUCCAGAAGCUGAAAAUGCUAAAGGUAGAGCUGAAAAAAUGGAAUUUUGAAGUUUUUGGAAAUUUAGUAACAAAUCUCAAGAAGGCUGAGAAGGAGUUGGUUAACCUGGACAUCUUGGCUGAAAAUAGAGUUCUGGUUAUAGUUGAAAAGGCUAGAAGAAGAGAAGUGAGGGGUGAAGUUUGGAAGCUUACUAGCAACAGAAGGAGUAGAAAUUCAAUUAAUUCCAUCACAGUUGAAGGAGAGGUGAUUGAGGAGCCAGCUAAGGUAAGGUAUAGGGUGUUACAACACUUUAAGAGGUUGUACUCUGAAAGUUGGGCAAGAAGACUAGCUCUGGAAGGUGUCUGUAAAUCAGUUCAAGAUAGUUCUGUAUAUCAUGAUCUUGAAGCUGUUUUCUCUGAAGCUAAAGUUAGGGCAGCUGUUAAGGAGUAUUUUAGGCCCACUAGCUUGGUGGGUAGUUUAUACAAGAUUCUCUCUAAAGUUCUGGCUCUUAGACUAAAAAGAGUUCUUCUUUCAGUUAUUGGUGAAACACAAUUUGCUUUCUUGGGGGGGAAAGGUGUAUUGGAUGGAGUGUUUAUUGCUAAUGAAAUAGUAGAUGGAUGGAAAAAAAAUCCAGAAGAAAAGGUGUUAUUAUCAAACUUGAUUUUGAGAAAGCGAAUGUAUCGCUACAACAAGGUUGUCUAUUUUAGUGAAUGGCUCACCUACAGAGGUAUUUUCACCACAGAGAGGUCUCAAACAAGAAUGCCUUGUGGAGUGGUUAGAGAGAUUGAAAAGCUUGAAGCUUUUUUUCUUUGGGGUGGGAAUGGCUUGAAGAGGAAGGUUCAUUUGGUGAAAUGGACUGACGUUUCUAAAAGUCUGAAUCAAGAUGUUCUUGCAAUUGCUAAUCAUAAUCAACCUCUUGUGGAGUUCUUUUUGGGGAAGUAUCAGAUAAAGGCUGGCAAUGGGAGUAAAAUCAAGUUUUGGUAUGAUAAGUGGGUUGGAGAAAAGGCAAAGGUUAACAGGUUGGUUGCAGUGUUACUGGUGGCCCCUCUUCUGGGACUGGAUAAAGAAGACUGCCCUGUUUGGAAUGGGUCUAAUGGUGACAGGUUUAAGGUCUCAGAUAUAUAUCGGUUUAGUAAGCCCUUCUCUCCAAAUUUGUAA